CGCACAAUGGUGACUCCGACCCAUUUACUAAAGGAUGAGCUCGACAUUGUGAUCCCGACCAUCCGAAACCUCGACUUCCUCGAGAUGUGGAGGCCCUUCCUCCAACCCUACCAUCUCAUCAUCGUCCAGGACGGCGAUCCGACCAAGACCAUCAAGGUCCCAGAGGGCUUUGAUUAUGAACUCUACAACCGUAACGACAUUAACAGAAUGCUCGGCCCUCGCUCUAGUUGCAUUUCCUUCAAGGACUCCGCUUGCCGUUGCUUCGGUUAUAUGGUCUCCAAGAAGAAGUACAUCUUCACCAUUGACGAUGACUGCUUUGUUGCACAAGACCCUUCUGGGAAACUAGUAAAUGCACUGGAGCAGCACAUCAAGAACCUCCUCUGCCCAUCCACCCCAUUUUUCUUCAACACUCUCUAUGACCCUUUCAGGGAGGGUGCGGAUUUCGUCCGUGGAUACCCUUUCAGUCUCCGCGAGGGUGUCCCAACUGCUGUUUCUCACGGUCUUUGGCUCAACAUCCCCGAUUAUGAUGCACCUACUCAGCUUGUGAAGCCUCUUGAGAGGAACACCAGGUAUGUGGAUGCUGUUCUGACAAUUCCAAAGGGCACCCUGUUCCCCAUGUGUGGUAUGAACUUGGCUUUCGACCGUGAUCUCAUCGGCCCUGCAAUGUACUUCGGACUCAUGGGUGAUGGCCAGCCAAUUGGACGUUACGAUGAUAUGUGGGCUGGCUGGUGUAUCAAGGUGAUCUGUGAUCAUUUGGGGCUGGGAGUUAAGACAGGUCUGCCUUACAUCUAUCACAGCAAAGCCAGUAACCCAUUUGUAAACCUGAGGAAGGAAUACAAAGGCAUAUUCUGGCAGGAAGAGAUCAUCCCUUUCUUCCAGGCCGCUGUUCUCCCCAAGGACUGCACCACUGUGCAAGCUUGCUACGUCGAACUGUCCAAGCAGGUGAAGGACAAGCUCGGUAAGGUUGAUCCCUACUUCGACAAACUGGCUGAUGCCAUGAUCACAUGGAUUGAAGCUUGGGAUGAGCUCAACCCAAACGGCCCUGGUGCUAAAGCCAAUGGCAAGGCCAAAUAAAUAAAGUUUUGUUUUUA